CUUCAGAGCAAGCCCCCUCAACCCAGCCGGUGACGCGGCCGGACGGUGAUGUGCGCGCGGCCCCUACCCCUCCCCGGGAGCGCCCUCCCUUCGCCACGCGCCCCUCCUCCCCUCCCCUCCCCCUUACCGCGGGGCGCCCCACGGCCUGCGAACUGCUGAAGCGCUGCCGUCUGCCCAGACGACGCUGCGCUCUCUGGGGCGUGCUCCUACCUGCCAGGCGCGGCCUCCUGCUGUCUCCCCGGCCGCGCGGCCCCUCCUCCAGGCCGCAGCACGCCGUGCCAACCCCGUGGCCACCGCUGCCCCCGCCGGAACCGAGAUUUCCUCCUGAUGGCUGACUCUCAACCACUCCUCUCCCUUGAUGGGGACGCCGUGGCUGCAGAAGCCUUGCUCCGGGACGUGUUUGGGAUUGUGGUGGAUGAGGUCAUUCGGAAAGGGACCAGUGCCUCCGAGAAGGUCUGCGAGUGGAGGGAGCCAGAGGAGCUGAAGCAGCUUCUGGAUCUGGAGCUGCGGAAUGAGGGGGAGUCACAGGAGCAGAUCCUGGAGCGCUGCCGGGCUGUGAUCCGCUACAGUGUGAAGACCUGUCACCCUCGUUUCUUCAACCAGCUCUUCUCAGGGUUGGACCCUCAUGCCCUGGCUGGACGCAUUGUCACUGAGAGCCUCAACACCAGCCAGUACACAUAUGAGAUCGCCCCCGUGUUUGUCCUCAUGGAAGAAGAGGUGUUGAAGAAACUCCGGGCCCUGGUGGGCUGGAGCUCUGGGGACGGCGUCUUCUGCCCUGGUGGCUCCAUCUCCAACAUGUAUGCUGUGAACCUGGCCCGCUAUCAGCGCUACCCGGAUUGCAAACAGAGGGGCCUCUGGGCACUGCCGCCCCUGGCCCUUUUCACAUCAGAGGAGUGUCAUUACUCUGUCAAGAAAGGAGCUGCUUUUCUGGGACUUGGCACUGACAGCGUCCGAAUGGUCAAGGCAGAUGAGAGAGGGAAAAUGAUCCCUGAGGAUCUGGAGAGGCAGAUCGGUCUGGCUGAGGCCGAGGGUGCUGUGCCAUUCCUGGUCAGUGUCACCUCUGGCACUACCGUGCUGGGGGCCUUUGACCCUCUGGAGGCAGUUGCAGACGUGUGCCAGCGUCAUGGACUGUGGCUGCACGUGGAUGCCGCCUGGGGAGGGAGUGUCUUGCUGUCACAGACACAUAGACAUCUCCUGAAUGGGAUCCAGAGGGCUGACUCCGUGGCCUGGAAUCCCCACAAGCUCCUCUCCGCAGGCCUGCAGUGCUCAGCUCUUCUUCUCCGGGACACCUCGAACCUGCUCAAGCGCUGCCACGGGUCCCAGGCCAGCUACCUGUUCCAGCAGGACAAGUUCUACGAUGUGGCUCUGGACACUGGAGACAAGGUGGUGCAGUGUGGCCGCCGCGUGGACUGUCUGAAGCUGUGGCUCAUGUGGAAGGCACAGGGCGGGCAGGGGCUGGAGCGGCGUGUGGAUCAGGCCUUUGCCCUUGCCCGGUACCUGGUGGAGGAAUUGAAGAAGCGGGAAACUUUUGAGUUGGUCAUGGAGCCUGAAUUUGUCAACGUGUGUUUCUGGUUCGUGCCCCCCAGUCUGCGGGAGAAGAAGGGGAGUCCGGAUUACGGUGAAAGGCUGGCUACGGUGGCCCCAAUCCUCAAGGAGCGCAUGGUGAGGAAGGGCUCCAUGAUGAUUGGCUACCAGCCCCAUGGUACCCGGGGCAACUUCUUCCGCAUGGUCGUGGCCAACCCUGCGCUGACGCGGGCGGAUAUGGACUUCCUGCUGAAUGAACUGGAACGGCUGGGCCAGGACCUCUGAGCCGCUCCUUCUCUGCUGGCCUGGACCCCUCCCCCAACCCUUACCAUCUCCCUGUAUCCCCUCCCCGUGUUCUCAAGAACAACCUCUCCAGGAAACAAAGCUGUCUUAAUUUUUAUGUGCUUUGACCCACUAACUCUCCUUUAAGUAUUUGAUAUUAAGAGAAUGUUUAAAUAAAUGAUAGUAUAUCCAUAUGAUGGAAUAUUACUCUGCCAUUAAAAUUAUGUUUACAAAGAGGAUUUUUAUAGAUAAGAGAAAAAUAAUUUUAAUAUAAUGUUAUGUGAAAAAGCUGGAUAUAAGACUUUAUAUAUGGUAAUAUCUGAGCUGCAUUCAAAAAUACAUAGGAAAAGACUGAUGAGAUGUAAUAUGCCAAAAUGUUAAUAGUUUUCUCUGGGAUGGGAUUACAGGUAAUUUGAAAAUUAACUUCUUUAUACCUUUUGUGCGCCCCUUUUAUGCUAUAAGGAGUAUCUAUUGCUUUUUAUUUUAUAAAUUUAUUUAUUUUUGGCUGCGUUGGGUCUUUGUUGCUGCGCGCGGGCUUUCUCUAGUUGCAGGGAGCGGGGGCCCCUCUUUGUUACGGUGCGUGGGCUUCUCAUUGCGGUGGCUUCUCUUGUUGCGGAGCACGGGCUCUAGGCGUGCGGGCUUCACUAGUUGUGGCAUACGGGCUCAGUAGUUGUGGCUUGUGGGCUCUAGAUCGCAGGCUCAGUAAUUGUGGUGCACGGGCUUAGUUGCUCCACGGCAUGUGGGAUCUUCCCGGACCACGGCUCGAACCCGUGUCCUCUGCAUUGGUAGGCGGACUCUUAACCACUGCGCCACCAGGGAAGCCCUCCUCUAUUACUUUUAAAUAGGAAAAUAAUAAAGUUAAAUUUUCAGCUGUA